AUGAAUGGCCGUCUCAGCUCCACCAAGAAGGAGUCUGCAUCUCCAGCAGCCGAUCCACCUAGCAUACCUCCCGCUCAAGCCGUACGAGAACAAACUGCAGCAGUACAAUCUCCAAACGGUCACCUCCAAGCUCCGACCGCGAGCAGCCAUCAACUGCCCGGAGACUUUGGCUCCUCUUCAUUCUCCAACUACCCGUCUCGCUCCCUCGGUUUUGAUUACGAUAGCAGCCGCCCUGAAUCGUCUGCGCAGGCAGCAGCACGUUAUGCCGCAACCAGCCCAGACUCACCCUCAGUCCCGCGCCCGCUCGAACAUGCCUUUGACCAUUUGUCUUCGCCCCUCUCGCCCGACGCGCCGCCAGGGCGCAUCGAACAUACUAACGACACCUUUGGACGAACCAGUGGCAAGAGUGCCAUCAGCGAGCCGCAAGACUCUCAGGCCAGUCGACGCAAGACCAGUCCAACGGAACGAGGCGCUUUCAGCUACCUUGCUUCCAGCUGUUCACAACCCAGUGCUUCCACUCAGAACGACGGGAUUGCAGAGUAUCUUAAACAAGGCUCAGUUCGGGGCCAUCGUCAGGACAAGAUUGAUGCGCUUGAAAAGGAACUCAACCUUUCCGAGACCUCCAGUCCCGUUGUUGACACCGGAAACAUCGCCAAUGACCAUGAUGGUGACGACGACAAUCACGGCAUGAGAACGGCUGGCGCCUUGAAGCCCGCGUCCUUGGCAGCACAGGCAACGCCAAAAGGCUCCCAUCCAACUCUGUUCGGCAUAGGCAGCGAUAGUGACACCCCGGACCGUACCUUUGGCAGGCCUUCUCACGAUCAGAGCCGGCAGACCACGAACAGCGGCGGAAGCCGUCCACCCGAGGAUCGCUCGCGCCCUUCUCAUUCGGACACUACCUCGAGCCGCGACACGGAUCUUUCCAAUGACCCUGCCUACGGCGUUGGCGAGGCAGGAGGUUCUCAGCAACUCGCAGUUGUAACACGCACACUCACACCCCAUCAGCUUCAACACCAACAAGAGCUUGAUCGCAUCAGCCAGCAGCGCGAUGCCGUCACCCCCAUCUCCUACUCGACCGCACUCGGAUCGCCAACAUCGGCAAGGGCUGCUCAGCGUACAUCUCAUCAGUCCAAUGCAACCGUCAUGGCAACCACCACCUCGCUGUCGUCCUCUUCCACCCCGAAACAUGACGCACGGCUCAGUCGACAGACGGCAACAACUAGUCCUUCCGUUAUCGCGCAACCGCUCAUCUCCAGCGAGGCAAACGAGCAUCAGCCUGCCUUUGGACACCGACCUUUGUUUGAAGGCGAGGUAGUGCGUGAUGGUUCAGGAUCACAGGACUCUAUCAACGCUCUCAAUAGCCCUGCAUCGCCGCAGACGCAAGAGGGCCUGGCUCCCACCAGAUCCGCAUCGGUCAGGGUCAAAACACCCAUCUUUGGAAACACGCUGGCCGAGCUUCCGCCAGGACAAAGGGCUUCAAUGGUGGGUGCACUGCACGAAAGCGCCGCUGCGCCCUUCCCGUCGACCGGCUCCAUGCACGGUGCGCCUACCAAUCUGACUUCUGCGUCACCGUCAUCCUCAGCGCACGCUGACUACGCGACGCAGAGUCAGUCCAACUACCCUGCGGGUCCGUCGCAAGCUUACUUGUACGGACCGUCGCCGCAAGCCGUGGGACAACGACAGUAUGAAGCGACGCGAGAGCUCGACUUCUACUCUGCCCAACCACAUCAUCAUGAUGACGUCGUGGACCAAGACGAUGGAUACGCUCGCAAGGUGCUGGAUGAUCGUGCAAGAACUCCGCAUCUGCCUCAGCUGGGCGACAUGUACGCUGGCGCACCGAAAUUUCCCCCCUCUCCUUACGCGCAGUAUCGCGAUCUGCGCCUGUCGUCUCGAGUCGCCAGGGUCCAUCACACCAUCUUGCCGUUGCUCACGUAUGCGCACAUUCCGGCGACGCUGUUCCUCGACUACAAUGUCCUCUUUUCUUUGACGCAGAUUGCGCUGCACCCGGACAAUGCACAGACGGGGAUCAGGACGGCCUGGUGGAUCGCUCUGGGCAUCUACGCUGGCUGCGUUCUCGUGUGGCUUGUCGGAGUCGUUGUUCUCUACGAAGGAUUCUGGAGCUUUCGACGCCGUUGGACGGUUUCACAGCCGCUUGUCAUGCCCAUCUACCUGUCUAACCCUGCCUUCACGCGCACGGCGAUCAAGGACUACUCUCUCUACAGCCUGCUCUACCGAGCUCGAAGCACGGGAAGACGACGCGAUUCGCUCAUCGAGUCGUUCUGGCACUAUUCGCAGAAUUGGCCCACUGUGCUCACGCUGGUGCCGCGCGGCGUGAUUUCGGCCAUCCUGCUCGUACUGUACAAGCCCGCUGGUCCAGCUUUGGUGACACGCGGUGCCAGAGAUCCCUUCUACUUUGACCAAGAUACGGAGCGUUUGAGUCGAUUUGCGUUCAUCGUAAUUACAUUCCAAGCUGCUUGGGCUGCAUGGAAGCUCGGCGUCCUGCUUGUGGCCAACAUUGGUCUUGCGGCGACGCUUGGGUUCAAGAGCCUCAUUCAGCAGGAACAGGAUCGCAACGCCGUCGCCAACACCGAAAUGGCAGGCUUUGCGGGCUACAGCCGAAGCGCUCUCGCGGCGAGACAAAGCGGAUCACCAGUGGGAGGGGAGGGAAUGGUGGCGGACGAUGGAGAUGUUGUGCAACGCGCCAGUCAUCGACGCUGGGCAUGGCGUUGGCGAGCCGAGGAUCGCAUCCGCGCCAUUCUGUUUGACGCCGGCUUGUUGCAGCACCAGCCGGUUGCCAUGCAUGGCUGGCGACACGAGCAGAAAGAAGCGGGUGAAGCUGGCGCUGACCAAAGCCAUGCCGGUGCAAGCCCAUUCCAACCGACACAAAUGCAUUCAACGAUGAACGGUCAGACGGUACGAGGCGACGAAACACACGGCCAGACCGAACAGCAGCGAGACUGGGAUGGUGCCUACCUGCGUCAAUCGCAAACCGGCCUCGCCCUCACUUCUCCCGAAGCCAUCCAGCCCGAGUUUUGGGCGACUGGCGCACAUACACAGCACACGGACGAUGCUGCUGGCUUAGCGCCUGCUGCACCGAUUUUGCAGAGCUUCCACGUCCAGCACCUCGAAUCGUCGCCGUCGAACGAGGGGGGCGAUAUCAGUGAUGCCAGCGAUCCGUACUCGCCCGCUCCUCUACCCAUCGGUCGCAGUCCUCGGUCUAAGGAGCAGUUGCGGAGUGCAUCGUCCAUGUCGUCACGCAAUGAUCCUGCGAGCUUGCGCGCUUCGAGCAUUUCUUCGCUCAACCGUCUUGCGGCUCUCAAUGUGCAGCACUCGGAAUCACCAGAUGUAGCGCAGGACGAUCCGAGCUCGGCGUUGGGGGUGCAGCCCAGCAAUGUCGACAGCACGGUCGGGGAUGUGCAUGCAUCUUCGUCGGCGAGGCCGUUGCAGUCCUCGAGCGAUGCGGGUCCUCUGAGCGAAUGGAGAGGACGCAAGCGACCGCGAAGCUCUCCUGUGCCAGCUGAUCUGCCGGGCUUGAACCCGGGUGGCAUGGCCAGCGAGACGCGCGACUGGCUGCAGACUCAGAUUGACGAGGAGUCAGACGAGCGAGGAGAGCAGGAAGAGCGAGGAGAUGCAGAAGCAGCGUUCAGCAAGGCAGCUGCGUUUGACAAUGACGGCAGGAUCAUGCACACUUUCGUACCGAUGCCUGCAUCGUUCGCCAUGUCCAAGGAUCCGUCUCUAGCGGGCUCGCCUGAUCACGGCGGGAGCGACACGAAGCACGGCUCAUGGACGGCGGCUCCGCCCAAUCCAGAGCUCUUUGCUGGAAAGCCGGCAACCUUGGCUGUGACGCUUCCGCCACGACGAGAUGCAGACGUGCACAAUGCCUCGUCCACCUCGCUAGGGUCUUUGGUGAAAGGCGGUCGAUCGGGCGCGUCUGCGGGUCCGCGAUUGUCUGGUCAUGGUUAUGAGGCAUCCUCCGAAGACGGCAUGAGCUUGGAAGGCAUCGAGGGAAGUAGAAAGCCAGGGCGCAACUCGCUGCUGGGCCGAAUGACAAACAAGUCGUCCUCGGAAAGCAGCAGGCGUAGCGGUAGUGGCGGUCGAACAGAGGGUGAGUCUUGGAUCACGUCGCUCUUUGGCGGCUCGCGAUCGACCUCGCACAAGGUCUCCGCGGCUGGGCAGGGGUCUCCGCCCAGAGCCGCAGGAGGCUCGACCGGUGACUUGACGGCGAUGCGACGAUCGGGGUCGGACCCUCGAUCGGAGGCAGAGCAUGCUGUGCACGAUGGUGUGCCUACGGUGAUCACCACUUCGGCGUCUACGAGCCUUCCGACGGCUGACAGCGGCAGCGUGCAUCAGCAUUACGGAGCGGCAGACGCAGAGCAAAGUGGUGGGAAUGCUCAUCCUGCAUAUGAACGAAUGCUGCCCGAAUCGCUGCUGUUGGCACCGGCCGGAGCGGCUGAAAAUGGAAGCAACCGACCAGCUUCACCCUCGGAUAGCCACCAUUCCAACGUGUCGGCUGAAACGGACGACUCGGAGGAACGACGACUUUGGGCUUCGUUCCCCACGCAGACCCGACGCCAUCCACCGGGGCUCGUCGCCCUCGAUCUGGAGCAGCGAACGCUCGCCGAGAGGAGGAUGACUGCUGCUGCGCACGAGAACAACGCGGCCAUGCAACAGCAGCAACAGCAACAACAACGUCUGGCGUAUGGAGGCGCAACACCUGCGCCUGGUUUGCCAGGAUCGACGCUCAACCUGUCGCCGUUGAUGCACCCAAGUGUGUUGGUGGCGAUCGGGAACGGUGCACCCAUGGUUGGGCUGCCUGGAAUGCUUGGCGGUGUAGGCCAGGUGUCGGUGAGCCCGUCCGAGGGGGGACUGCAUGCGAUCCGGGAGGAAAGCUGGACGUCAUCGCUCGAUUCGCGUUCGCAGGGUGCGAGUGGAAGCACGAGGAGUCGGGGCACUGCUUCGGCCGUGACCGCAUCGCCUGUCGAUGCUGACUUCCCUCUGGAGCAGAUCGAGGAGGUGGCCGUACCGCAUCACUCGAGCAACGCCAGCAUGAGGUGGUAG